AAUAAAGCAUCCUGCCUUAUCUGAUCCUGACACACACUGAGCACAAUGGAAGCAGUAAUUUCAUUCCUCGUUCUUGCAUUGUCACCACAGGUCAUAGUGUCUGAGUUUCCCACUACAAUCUCUUACAGGGCCAUCGUGGAGACAGUUUCGGGAGAUUCCCGGAUCUUCAGCGGGGAACGUCUGAGCCUGAGAUGCAUCAACCCCGUCGCGUACAACGCCUCCUGGGAUUACCUGUGGUUCAGGGAAUCCGUGCAGCUUCCACAGACUGGCGAGAUAUACUACCUGAGGAAUGCCAACGUUAAAGAAAGCGGCAAAUAUUCCUGCCAAGGAAAGAGAGAGACGGACGUGGGAACCUUAAAAACACUAAGAAGUCUACCUACCGAGAUCCAUGUUGAUGGAGGGUUUGUCAUCCUGCAAAUGACAAAACGCCCUGUCCUCACUGGAGACACCCUGGAUUUGAAAUGCCGUCUUCGAGGGAAUGCUCCCGUCCAUCAGACGAUCUUGUACAGAGACGGGAUUGAAGUGAUGGUGCAGAGUGGGAGCAGCUUAAAUUUCCACCUCCCUGACGUCACCCUGGAGGACGAAGGAAGUUACUCAUGCAGGGCAUCCUGGGACCUGAGUCAUCGUACACACUCCGUGAUGUCAGUUCCCACUCUGGUGAACAUCUUAGAGGUUCUAACCGAGCCGGUGUUGGAGAUUGAGAAAGACAACGCCCAGCUUGAACGGAAUAAAAUGAAGCUCAUCUGCCACGUCCAGUACAACGCCCGCGCCCCAGCCCCUCCCGUCAAUUACUAUUUCUACAAGAACAACAAUCUGUUGGGGCCAUCAAUCUCACUGAACCACAUGCUGAUCAGAAAGGAUGCAGGAUGGUACAGCUGCAGAGUCAAGGUGCCAAAGCUGGAUAUCGUGAGAUGGAGCGAGCCCCAGCGCUUCGGAGAGGUUGCAGGGCCACCGUUGAUGCCUCCCCGUCCUCAUCACAGAAUUCAGAUGACAUCCAGAUCACCCCCACACACCUCCUCGGCUCCAGAGACUCAGCCUGAAUCCCCAAAAUACUUUGCCUCAGCACCGUCUUCCGUUGAGCACACAGAGAGUCCCAGCCCAUCCUCGCCGUCGUCCGAGUCUCCGGUCUCAACCAGUCUGCCGACCUCAGGCCAGCUGCCAGGCCAAACGCAAACCCCAGAACCUCAGGCUGGGUCAUUGGGGCUAUUUUAGAAAGUCCUGAAAAGGUGUGACUGAUAUGAAAUUUUCGCCAGGUGUUGGUAACAACCUCGGUUCUUUGUUUUUAACCAAUCAUAAAUUGGUCCCUCUGUGAAGCCUCGAUAACGACUCACCUUUCUAUUGGCUGUCAUUUUGGACUGACCCUGACGAGGGGCGGGAUGGUUUUCAAAUCACUGGUAGAUUUCAGCUGGUUUCUUGGCUUUCCGUGACUUUUUUUCCACCUCCCUUUCAGUACUUUUCACAUUACGACACACAACUGAACUUCCACGUAUGGAUUAUUUGGGUUGUUAUCAAUACCAGGUGAAAAUCUCAUGUCAAUAGCACUGUUAGAAAUAUAUUUACUAUGAAAAACUGUAGCUGUACCUGCAAACUCCUUAUAAACCGAACCAUCGGACCAAGCAGCGCAAUAAUCUGAGGCUUUCUAACAAUUAUUAGCACCACUCUACUGUUCUGCUGUUGUAGUUAUGUGUAUGUUAUUAAUUCUUCACAGUGUCAUGAAACUAAUGUUCAAUACAGUAAGAAAAACAAACAUUGUUUUAUCCCAAUAAAGCUUUCAAUAAGCUGCA